GCGGGGGGCUCGCCCCACUCCCGCCCAGCGCAGCCGCCGCGGCGGGGCCGGCACCUCCCCAAGUGCCGCACCAUGGGCAGCCAGGGCUCCAAGGCGGCGGGCGGCGACCCCGACACCGCCAAGGCCAACGGGCAGGAGAACGGCCAUGUGAUCUACAACGGGGACAUGACGCCCAAGGUGGGGGUCGAGGUAGCCCCCCAGAACGGGAACGGCUCGGCGGAACCCCCCAAGGAGGAGAGCGAGGGCGAAGCGAGCGGCGGGGACAGCAUCGAGCCCGCCCCGGCCGCCGCCGACGGCGGCGACCCCAAAGCCGAAGGGGCCGCGGCCCCCAAGGACGCCCCGAAGAAGAAGAAGAAGUUCUCGUUCAAGAAAUCCUUCAAGCUGAGCGGGAUCUCCUUUCGCAAGAACAAGAAGGAAGCCGGGGACUCCUCUGGCUCCUCGCCCACGGAGGAGCAGGGCAAGAGCGAGGAGAACCCGCCGGGGGGGCUGCAGCCCUCGGCUCCCCCCGAGGAGGGGCCGGCGGAGGAGCAGGGGGAGGGCGGCGAGGGGGCUGAGCCCAAGGACGGGGGAGAAGCCGCGGGGAGCGAGGAGGAGGAGGAGGAGAAGCAGCAGCAGCAGGCAGGGGAGAGCCACGGAGACACAGCCAAACCCGAGGAGCCCUCGAAAGCCGCGGGGCCGGAGCCCACAACGAGCCCGGCGGCGGCGGCGGAGCAGAAGGAAGAGUAGAGGCCACCUGGGCAUCGUCCUCACCGGGGACUCUCACGCCGCCCUCCCUCCAUCCCUCCCCGUCCAUCCCGGAACGCCACGGACUCGCCCACACCGCCCCGGCCCCCCUAGGACUGACACCACGCCCCGCACACCCCCCUUCCCUUCCAGGUAUUUCUCCCCGUUCCUGGUAGAAAAGCUGGUUUGGAUUCCCACCACCGCCGCCACUUGGAGUAGUUUGACCUGAAUUCCUUGGGGAAAAAAUAAAAAUUAAAAAAAAAAAACAAAAAAAACCAAAAAAAAACAACCAACAAAAAAACAACAAAAACCAACAAAACUGCGGAGGAAGAUUUGUCCCGGACACCACUGGAGUUUACAGUUUGUAAGAAUCCGGAUCCCACUUCCCGCUCUGGAUCUCUCCAGCCUCCAGACUGUCCCCUCUCCUCCCAGUCCCACUGACUGUUCAAUGGAAUUUUUGAUUUUUUUUUUUUUUCGGGGUUUUUUUCGGUUUUUUUUUUUUCUUUUUUUUUUUUUUUUUUCUUUUUUUGCCUAAUUUCUCAGUUUACAUUCCUGGUUCUGACUUUUCAUUUCAAGUAUUUCGCGCUUUUUCUAGAAAUCGAUGGUUUAAAAGCUAAUCUGGUUAGUUUUUUAUAAUGUCUUCUAUUGGCUUAAAACCAUAAAGCUUGUAAGUCCGCUGUGUUUAAUUCUGCUUCUAAGGGAUAACUUUUAGGGUGUGGGGUGGACAGAGGGGGCCCUGCCAGCUGUAUAAUGUGAAGCCAACGUUGUUUUUUUUCUCUGUAAAUAAUUUUUUUAAUGGCCAAAAAAAACAACAACA